GGCGGAGCCGGGACUCUGGGUCGGCUGCAGCUCCCGCCGCCGUCUCAGCCUACGCCUCCUGCUACAGUCCGGGACCCGGGCCACCCACCGGGCAGAAGGGCUUGCAGGGACUCUGAGCUUUGGAGACUUUGGAAGGGAGCUGCGGUGCCCCGGGCCCGGGCUCUGUGCCCUCCCUCCUCGGGGAUCCUGUGAGGCCCCGCGAUGGACCGCGGAGGCGAGAGCGAAGUGGACUUUUCGAACCGCCGAGACAUUGCCCCACUAUGGAGGCGGCGCUCCACCCCUCAGCCCCAGUGGCUGGCCCGGAGCAAGCCCAGACCCCAGUCCUACCAGAGCCCCACUGGACUUCUGAUCACCGAUUUCCCUGUGGAGGACAGGGCGGUGUUGCCUGGAAAGGAGCCUUCCCACACCGGGAGCGUUUCUUCGGCUUCUUCUUCUCCCUCUCCGUCGCCUGACCGCAGGAUGCUCCAAAGGAGCCCCCUGCUUUGGUGCCCUAACCGGGGGCCUGUGACCAACGGGAAGGCUGCCCCCCUGGAUUUCAGAGCUGUCUCCCCGAGACUGCAGGACGAAAAGUCACCCCGGGAACAUAGAACGGUGGCCAACCCUUCUCUGAGCUACCCAGGCACACUCCCAUCCCCAGAGACUCCAGCAAGGCACCCCCAGAGGAUACCUCACACCUCCAUCCCAAGGAGCCCGGACGACGAACAGCUGGGACUCAGUGCCAGUACAGGGGCUUCACUCAGUGCUUCAGUGCCUUCUCUUACCAGCCAUUCCAGCGCUCUCCCCCAAUCGCCACCCAGUCAGUCUGCCAAGGACCCAGAGAGGGCGUCUUCGAAACCCUCUCCCUGCCCACAGAGGACCCUCCCCGGGCAAAAACUGCCUCUCCAGCGUCUGCCUUCCAACCCCGAAAAGCCUGUGGUCAUUCUGAGUACCCACAGCGCGGCAGCGCUCAAAGUGGGGAAGCACCAGAUCAUCCCCAAGGGCUUGGCCUCUGAGAUCAAAACGAGCAAGUCGGGCGGCCCCAGCGUGGAGCCCCACAAGAGGCUCUUUAAGGUCCGCAGCAUGGUGGACCCCAUCAGUGUGCCACUGCUCCCUGCCAGUGACGGGGAGGAAGCUGAAAGCGACUUGGACAGCCCGGGGUCCCUGAGGAGAGGCUUGAGGUCUACCUCCUACCGGAGGGCUGUAGUUAGUGGCUUCGAGUUUGACAAUCCUUCCAAUUCCAAGAAGAAAAACAGAAUGUCCCAGCCCGUUCUGAAGGUGGUCAUGGAAGACAAAGAGAAGAUCUCCAGUUUAGGAAGGAUUAAGAAGAUAAUGCUGAAGGGACAAGGAACCUUUGAUGGGGAAGAAAAUGCUGUAUUAUAUCAGAACUACAAAGAAAAAGCUCUCGAUAUUGACUCUGAUGAAGAUUCAGAGCCCAAAGGCCAAAAACCAGAUGAAAAAAUAGUAAUUCACUACAAACCACUGAGGUCCACAUGGAGCCAGCUUUCUGCAGUGAAAAGAAAUGGAUUAUCUCAAUCUAUUAGCCAAGAGGAAAGAAAGAGGCAAGAGGCUAUGUUUGAAGUCAUUUCCUCUGAACACUCGUACCUGCUCAGCUUGGAGAUCCUGAUCCAGAUGUUUAAAAAUUCAAAAGAACUGAGUGACACGAUGACCAAAACGGAGAGCCACCAUCUUUUCUCCAACAUCGCGGACGUCUGCGAGGCCAGCAAAAAAUUCUUUAAAGAAUUAGAAGAAAGACACCAAAAUAAUAUCUUCCUAGACGAUAUAAGUGACAUUGUAGAAAAACAUACAACGUCUACAUUUGAUCCCUAUAUAAAAUACUGUACAAAUGAAGUCUAUCAACAGCGGACUCUACAGAAAUUAAUAGCAACGAAUCCAUCUUUUAAGGAAGUGUUAUCUCGGAUCGAAUCCCAAGAGGAGUGUAGGAAUUUACCCAUGAUUUCUUUCCUCAUUCUCCCCAUGCAGAGGGUUACUCGCCUUCCCUUGCUGAUGGAUACCAUCUGUCAGAAAACACCAAGAGACUCGCCAAAGUAUGAAGUUUGCAAACCCCUAAAAGAAGUGAGCAAGUUGGUUCGGUUGUGUAAUGAAGGGGCACGGAAAAUGGAACGGACCGAGAUGAUGUAUACAAUUAAUUCCCAGCUGGAAUUCAAGAUAAAGCCUUUCCCUUUAGUGUCCUCCUCCCGAUGGCUAGUAAAGAGGGGUGAAUUGACUGCCUACGUGGAAGACACUGUCCUCUUCUCCAGAAGAACCUCCAAACAGCAGGUCUACUUCUUCCUCUUUAACGACGUCCUCAUCAUCACCAAGAAGAAGAGUGAAGAAAGUUACACAGUCAAUGAUUACUCUUUGAGGGAUCAACUGUUAGUAGAACUUUGGGACAAUGAAGAGCCCAAUUCCUCCCCGCUGAAGAACAGCUCCACCAUGCUUUACUCCCGACAGAGCUCUGCCAGUCACCUGUUCACUCUGACUGUCCUCAGUAACCACGCAAGCGAGAAAGUGGAAAUGCUCCUGGGAGCUGAGACUCAGAGUGAGAGAGCCCGCUGGAUAACUGCCUUGGGGCACAGCAGUGACCGGCAGAGCUUGGACAGGACCAUGCUUACCCAAGUGGAAAUCAUUCGCACAUUCACUGCCAAGCAGCCAGACGAGCUGUCCCUCCAGGUGUCGGAUGUGGUCUUGGUUUACCAGCACGUCAGUGACGGUUGGUACGAAGGUGAACGUCUACGGGAUGGCGAGAGGGGCUGGUUUCCCAUGGAGUGUGCCAAGGAGAUCACCUGUCGGGCAACGAUAGAUAAGAAUGUGGAGCGGAUGGGACGGUUGCUUGGACUGGAGACCAACGUAUAGCUCUCCCAGUGUCUCCCCUUUGGGGAUGCCAAGAUUUGCACUAAAUGGUCAUGGUGGGCUGGUUGGUUUGUACUAGUUUUGUUAUUUUAUUAUUUUUUUAACACAGCCUAUUUUAUUAAAUGAUAAUAAAAAUCACUUUUCUUCAAA